UGUGCUUUGCUCUGCUUCGCUGCGCCUGAUUUCCAACUUUGGCUUUUUUGUAACUCCUCACAUCCGAUCAAUUGAGGCAGUUUCGUAAUCAACGACGACGUCGUCCUGCCUUUGAUCGCGUCAGGUAGCAGUUCCAGCGUUACGUGGAACAAGCUUCGUGCAAGCUGACCUACGCUGGGCAUACACCCAACAGCACGUGUCAAAUCACCACCUCCUAUCUCGAUCGUCCACCCGGAAUUCCUGGAAAUUCAACUGCGACACACGACUUCAAUCAAGAUGACAAAACCAAGAUCGGUCAAAUUCCAGCAUCGAGGUAAUGGCAAUGCCAAUGCGAGCGACCGUCGACGACAGGAGUCCUCCAGUUCGAGCGAAACCGUAUCCGAUCCUCCCAGUCGAAACAGAGAAAAGGCAGACAGCAACGGAACAUUGAUCAAAGGAGCAAAAGCAGUCGAACCUUCGGAAUAUGAAAAGAAAAAGGCGACAUUCAUCACACGAACAAUAUGGACAUUGGCCAUGAUCGGGGGUUUCUUUGGCGCCAUGUUCGCCGGGCAUGUCUACAUCCUCAUGAUCAUCACUAUAGUACAGAUUGUAUCAUUCAAGGAAGUCAUUGCGAUCGCCCAAGUUCCAACAAAACAGAAGAACUUGCCAUUGACUCGAGCAUUGAAUUGGUACUUCCUGGCAAUCACAAUGUACUUUCUGUACGGCGAAAGUGUCAUUUACUACUUCAAACAUAUCCUCCUGGUGGAUAGGGUUUUGCUUCCUUUCGCAACACACCACCGAUUCAUCAGUCUCAUGAUGUAUCUCUUCGGGUUUGUUUUCUUCGUUGCCUCAUUGAAAAAGGGCCAUUACCGAUUCCAAUUCACCCAAUUUGCAUGGACUCACAUGGCGCUAUAUUUGAUCGUCGUACAAGCACACUUUAUGAUGAACAACGUUUUCGAGGGUAUGAUGUGGUUCUUUAUGCCGGUGUCUCUGGUAAUCACCAACGACAUUUUCGCCUACAUCUGUGGAAUCACCUUUGGUCGGACACAACUCAUCAAGAUUUCUCCCAAGAAGACCGUUGAAGGAUUUGUGGGAGCCUGGGUUUGCACAAUUAUCUUCGGCUUCGCCAUGUGCAACAUCUUGAUGCGCUACAAAUACUUUAUCUGUCCUGUCAAUGACCUGGGAGCGAACAUCUACACAGGUCUCAAAUGUACACCAAAUCCUGUUUUUACCCCACGACCCUAUGUUCUUGGGAAAUGGGUCGGAUUGAAUCACACAUUCUGGAUCGCGCCAAUGCAAUUCCACAUCCUGGUCUUUGCCACGUUUGCGUCUUUGAUCGCGCCUUUCGGAGGGUUCUUUGCGUCGGGAUUGAAGAGAACAUUCAAGAUCAAGGACUUUGGCGACAGUAUUCCUGGACAUGGAGGAAUGACCGACCGAAUGGAUUGCCAAUUCAUCAUGGGACUGUUCUCAUACAUGUACUAUCAAAGUUUCAUCGCCGUGUACAAAACCAGUGUCGGCAGUGUUAUCGAAACUGUCAUUGUGGGGUUGACCCCUGAAGAACAAAUCGAAGUGGUGAGAGGGUUAGGAAAGUAUUUGUACAACCAGGGAAUAGUCCCAGAAGAGGUGUUUAAAUGUAUCACAUCGCAGCUUCCGCGUCGGUGAGGUUGUGUUUCGAGGGUAUCGUUCUGGAAUAGCAUAGCGGUGGCGUGAAGCCUGGAGCGUCGAUAUGAAAAGUAACUGCUGUAGUCGAGCUGUAUGAGCAAAUGCGGUUUCAUUGUCCCCUUCCUCUACCACGAGCUCGUCCUCUGCCUUGACCACGUCCUCUAUCACCUCUGCCACCUUGAUCUCCACGAUGUCCUUGACCACCACGACCACGUUGGUGCCCGCUUUGUUGAUUUUGUUGUUGCUCUUUUGCGAGAUCGAUGAUUUCUUCAGGUACACGUAGGUAUUUAAU